AUGGCCUUUGAGAUUCGCGGUUUAAAUGUCGAACGGGUCGACCGCAACCAGUACGUGCCAAACGCCAAGGUAUUACUCGAGACCCUGAUGAGUGACAUAGAGGGCGCGCCCCAUAAGGAUUUUAAUGACUUGACGGACUACACGAGAUUCGGGUUUCCAAAUAUAAAAGACCAGGAUCUUUUCAUGACGGUCAACAUGUGGUGUGUGUUUACCUUUUUCCUGGAUGAUUUCCUUGAGAGCCAAACGACUAAACUGGAGUAUUGGGUGAGUAAAUGGGAACAAAACAUAACGGAUGGCCACUCGUCUGGCACCGACUUUUUGGAUAUAUUUUUUAAUGAAUUGCGCGCCAAAAUGAACAAGGUACUUUCGGAGAAAUUGAUUUCGAUGCACAAUUAUUGGUACAUGAAAUUUGUGAGUUUGCACACUGAAACUGAAAAGGUUAAGACUGGCGAUCAUAUGUACACAUUGGAUGAGUACGAUGCAUUCAGG